AUGAAAGUCUCACGAGCUUCUGCCGCAGCCUUCUUUGCAAUUGUGCCAUUGGCAUCCGCCUUGUAUGAAAAUGGCUCUGUGAUUGCGCCCUGUGACUCACCGAUUUACUGCUACGGGGAUAUCCUACGCGAAAUUGAGCUCGCGCGCCCGUUUUCUGACUCCAAGACGUUUGUGGAUCUACCUACAAUUAAACCCCUCAGCGAAGUCAUUGAUGCCUUCAACCAGCUCGAGAAACCGAUCCAGAACAAUACCGCUCUGAACGACUUUUUGACGACUUAUUUCGGCGAGGCGGGCAGCGAGCUCGAGGCAGUUCCCACGGAUGAGCUAAAGACGCAACCGGACUUUUUAGACCGUGUCAAUAGUUCAACAAUUGCCAACUUCACAUCCCAGGUGAUCGAUAUUUGGCCUGAUCUGACACGGCGCUAUGCGGGGCCAAGCAAUUGUACGGAAUGCGUGAACUCGUUCAUUCCCGUAAAUCGGACUUUUGUUGUUGCUGGCGGUCGCUUCCGAGAGCCGUACUACUGGGACAGCUUCUGGAUCAUCGAAGGUCUGCUACGAACCAAAGGCUCGUUUACACAAAUUGCGGAGAACAUCAUUGAGAACUUCCUGGAUCUGGUGGAGACGAUCGGCUUUGUCCCGAACGGCGCUCGUCGCUACUAUCUCAAUCGGUCGCAGCCGCCGCUUCUCACGCAGAUGGUACGCAUUUACGUUGAAUACACCCAGAACUACACUCUCCUUGAGCGUGCUCUUCCGUUGCUGGAGAAGGAGUAUGAAUUCUGGGUCAACAAUCGAACAGUGACGCUGGAGCGAGCGGGAAGGAACUACAGUUUGAACCACUACGCCGUGUCGAACACCCAGCCGCGACCAGAGUCUUUCUACGAGGACUACGUGACUGCAAAUAACGCGUCGUACUACAACGAGGAAGGGAAGAUCUUCAAUAAUUCGAAGGCACUCACCGAUGAGCAAAAAGCCCAGCUGUAUGCCAAUCUAGCUUCUGGUGCUGAAAGCGGUUGGGACUACUCGUCACGCUGGAUUGCCAACCCGGCGGACAGCGUCACGCAGACAUCCUUCCCUCUGCGCUCCUUGAACACUGUCAACAUCCUCCCAGUGGAUCUCAAUUCGAUCUUGUACGCUAACGAGGUUGCAAUCGCGGACUUCCACCGCCUUCAGGGUAACUACACUGCCGCUGCUGCGUGGGCGAGCCGGGCUGCUGAACGAAGCGCGGCGAUGACAGCGCUGCUGUGGGACGCUGAGCACUACAGCUACUUCGACUACAACUUGACUUCUGGGGCAAAGAACGUCUAUGUCAUCGCAGACAACACAACUGUCCGAGGUGAUACCCCUGGAGCUCCGGCUGGUCAGCAGGUAUUCUUCCAUCUGGCUCAAUUCUAUCCUUUCUGGCUGGGAGCUGCACCCGAGGAAAUCAAGAACGACCCAUCGGCUUUGCGCCGUGUCUAUACUCGCAUCGAGGAGCUGCUUGACGACCGCGCGGGCGCAAUCGCUGCCACGAACAUCCAAACUGGCCAGCAAUGGGACGAGCCUAAUGUCUGGCCGCCUCUAAUGCACAUUCUGAUGGAGGGAUUGCUCAACACGCCGCUCGAAUCCACAACGGAGAGCAACCAAACCUCCGAAGACUAUGUCUGGACGCAAGCUCUCGCGCUUCGCCUUGCACAAAGAUACGUGGAUUCGACCUUUUGCACGUGGCGUGUCACUGGCGGCAGUACACCAGAAUUCGCCCAGCUCGCCAAUGCAGGAGGCAAUGGAACCAUGUUUGAGAAGUACUCCGACGAGAGCACUAACGCAGCAGGCGGUGGAGGAGAGUACACUGUGGUCGAGGGUUUUGGAUGGUCCAACGGUGUUUUGAUCUGGGCAGUGGACAAGUUUGGGCAGCACCUGCAGACGCCAGACUGUGGCAACAUCACUGCGGCUGAUAUCUCGACCAAGCGCAAGAGAAGUGCCGUACAGCUCGACACCAGAGAUGCGCAUUGGGUGAAGAGAUUCACGUAA